UAUCGCAGAGGCACAGCUCAGUUUCCAAACAGAAGUGGAGCUGACUUGGAGCUGGGGGAGCUUUGAGAAGCUUCUCGUAGUGGGCGAUUCUGCAUUGUUCCAGAGCUCACUCUAUAUCCCAGCAGUGACCAGUGAAGCAGGGUGAGAAGUGGUAUUUGUGGCACAACUGGGGCUAAGACGGGAUGUGAGUCCUGGCAGUGGUUUUCUGCCAGCAGCAGUGGCAGCGUGUGGGGCUGCCCAUGCCAUGGCCUCUGAGCUGGGCUGGGCUCUCUGUCCGCAGAACAGCAAACCAGUGAUGGUGCUGGGGCUGUUGCAAAGCAAAUCCCUGCCUGGAACUUGCUGCAGUUGCUUCACAGCUCCCUGCAUGGCAUUGCCGCUGGGGCUCUGGACAUGGAGCUUCAUGCCCCAGCCCGGCUCAUAGCUGGUGGCAUCCCCACAGAAGUGGCAGGAUCAGUGUUGUGGGGGAUUGAGCUCUGGCCAGUCUGCACUGGGCACCCAAAUGGAAUCUGAAAGUUACAGCCACAUGGCCGGCUCUUCCCCUUCUGCGGUUUCCCUGCCUUCUCAAGCUCAGCAAAACUUGGGGAUCAUGACAUAAUUUCCCUGGUAUGAUGCACUCAUUAUCUUUCCUUGAAACACUGUGCCCACCCAGCAGCCAGGAAUAAAAGGAGAGCAUCAACACUGGGGCUGAGCAUCGUGCAGUGAGCUUCGCAGACCCCAGCUCCAGCCCUGCUUGCGGAUCCCUCGGCCCCCACAGCACCAUGAAGGUCCCCACAGCUGCCCUCAUCACUCUCUUCCUCGUGGCCUCCUGCUCCCUGUCCGAGGCACAUCUUGACGGCGUCCCCACAUCCUGCUGCUUCAGCUACCAGCAACGCCCUGUCCCGCGGGCUCUCAUCGCAUCCAUCUACACCACCAGCAGCAGCUGCCUGCACCCAGCCAGGGGUGAUCCUGGUCACCAAAAGAAGAAGGAGCUGUGCGCAGACCCCCAGGCGCCCUGGGUGAAGGCACAUCUCAAGCACUUCCAGCCUCGGAAUAACUGACCGUUCCCCGUGGCCAACCAUGACCACCAAAUUCUGCAACUGGUGCUCACCAAAAUCAUCGCUCAGAGAAUUUCCAUCUUGCUGCUGAUAGCAUUCCUCAUCCUCUUCUCUUUCCUCAACAACACUAAGGGGUCAAAAGGGGCAGAAGAAAAUGCAAUUCCAACUUCACGCCCCCGCAUCCCAGCACAAGCAUCCUGCUGGGAUUUAAGGUAUUGGGGUUGGGGGAAGAUGGAGUGGACCCUGGGGUUAUGCAAGGACACCUUUUCUGCGGCACCAAAGGUAAAACUUGUGCCAGGUUUAACCCAGCUCAGAGGCCGGAUCCUGCCCUCUUACCUGCCUGCCAGGGCAGGGAAAGAUCCUAUUGCCCGCUCUCUGCUCCUGGCUGAAGCUAAGGAUGCUCAGAUGCUCUGACCCCAUCGGCACAGCCGGGAUGGGGGCUGUUAAAUGAGCAAAUGCUGGGUAUACAUUCCCAAUUCAGGCAUUAAACCAGCAAACGCCAGGUGUAUGUUCCCAGUUCGGCAGCAAGUUAUUGCACAUCUCCACCUGCUGGUCUGAAAGAUGCUCUGAGCUGAAACAGGGAUGGGGAGGUGGUCUGCACCCUUCCACUGCCAGGGCUGGGGUGCGCUGGCUGGAGCCCCCCAACAGGGAUGGAGCCACUGCAUCAUCCCUCACCCCCAGCCCCACGCCUGGUACUUGCCCAUGGUGGGAGCAAGUAGUGGGGAGAUACAGGGAGAGUGGUUUGGCCCCAUCCCCACUGGCAGCAGGGUGGAGGUGCUGGGGCUGUAGGAUCCAGCCUUACAGGCCAGGACAGAUGCUGAAUAACCCCAUCACUCCUGGACCACCACCUCUGGGCAACUGCUGCCUCUGGGAGAGGGGAAACUGAGGCACACUGCAGGGACGAGGCUCAGCAGGCAGCAGAGAGAAGCCACAGAAAUCUAGGCUCAACCCCACAGACAGCACAAGUCAUUUUGUAAACUGGUGUGUAAAUGCCCUCCAUGCCACAUCCCAACGGGUCCCUCACAGCUUCGCAGCACAACCACGCUGAGCACACACCACCAGCACCUGCCACAGCCCUGGGAGCCCUCUCACAAGCCCUGGGGCCACCUGGGGGCCAUCCCAUUCCAGAGGUGCCAAAAAACCCCUUUCUGGAAGUAGCUGAUCUGGGGCCAGCAGCUAAGCAGCUCCCAGGGCUCCCGGUGCCUGGCAGGGGAGUGCAGUGGGGGAGAGACUGGUGCUGAGGGUUGCUCUUAAAUAUAAAACAAAGAAAAAGGGAAUAAAAAACCCUGGGCAGGAGAGAAGUGUGCUGCUUUGCUGCUGGCUGAUCCCCACCACCUGCCUGAGUGAUUUGUAAGAAGAGGCUGAGAGCUCCUAGUCCUCCCAGCCUUCUUUCUGGCUCCCUCCAAGACCUUUAUUUGUCCAGGAAAGGCCAAAGCAGUGGCGAGGGCAGCUGCGCAUCCUGGAAAGAGCCUAAAAACUCCUGGCAGAGGCUUCUCUCUCUGCCAGCACAGGCACCCCCCCACAGCAGCGCA